ACGCAGACGCGUAUCGUGCGAUAUGGUGUGAUGUGUGACGUUAGCACGCGCGAGUCAACGUAUAAAUAUUGUAGACAAUGAUUGAACGGUGCAUUUUACGGAUUGACAAUUUUUUCUUUCAUGGAUGAAUCGCAGAAAUGCAUCGGUGGUACUUCGGUCCUGAUCUCAGUAGUGCAGUUCAUAAAAAUAAGUCUCGCGGCAGACUGAUACGUGCAUGAGGUUAUGCGGAUGGAUAAAAAAUUUUUUUUUACGGAAAGACCUAAUUCUGUGUCAAUGUGAAUAAAAAUUGGCACGGAACACGAAUCGAUUGAAUCAUGGUCGAAGUUGAUGAAGUUCCAAAUGCAUCUACGUACGAUUAUCAAGUGGUAAAUACGGAGAACGCUCAGAACACUACCAGAGAGAAACGAAUAAAAAGCAUAAUGCCUUCGGAUUUGAGAUCCAUAAGCAGGAGUGACUGGGUUACAGUUAUUGUGUUAUGUUUCGUAAAUCUUAUAAACUAUAUGGACCGUUUCACGGUCGCUGGAGUACUUCCAGAUAUAAAGAAAGAGUUUCAAAUCGGCAAUGAUAAGUCUGGUUUGCUUCAAACUGCAUUUAUCUUAAGUUACAUGAUAUUUGCACCUUUGUUUGGCUAUUUGGGAGAUCGUUACAACAGAAAGAUUAUAAUGAGUAGCGGGGUAUUCUUAUGGGGUUUGACAACAUUCGUUGGCUCGUACAUGAAGUCAUUUGGAUGGUUUAUCUUAUUCAGGGCUCUUGUAGGGAUAGGUGAAGCUAGUUAUUCUACAAUUGCUCCGACAAUAAUUAGCGAUUUGUUUGUGAAAGAUGUGCGUUCUAAAAUGCUUGCACUAUUUUACUUUGCAAUACCUGUUGGAAGUGGUUUAGGAUAUAUAACAGGUGGAGAAACAGCAAAAUAUACUGGAGCUUGGCAAUGGGGUUUACGCAUUACUCCGUUCUUAGGUUUAAUAGCAGUUAUUUUAUUACUCACAGUAGUUAGAGAUCCUAUUAGAGGGGAAAGAGAGGGUGGAGUUCAUUUGACGAGCACUUCAUGGUCAAGUGAUAUUAAAGCGUUGUUAAAAAAUCCAAGCUUUAUGCUCUCCACUGGCGGAUUUACAUGCGUAGCAUUCGUUGCUGGAGCACUAUCUUGGUGGGCUCCAACAUUUUUACAAUUGGGAUUCGCGUUACAUCCUAAUGGAGAAAGUGUCGACCCGGAGGAUGUGGCAUACAAAUUUGGAUUAAUUGGAAUGGCAUCUGGUUUAAUAGGAGUGCCAUUAGGUUCAUUCUUAGCUCAGAAAUUAAGAGUGCGCUGGCAUCAAGCAGAUCCUCUGAUAUGCGCCGCAGGACUUUUGAUUAGCGUACCAUUAUUGUUCUUCGCAACUUUAACUGCCAAUACAGAUUCUGUUGCGUGCUAUGCGUUAGUGUUCUUUGGACAAUUAUCGUUGAACCUAAAUUGGUCUAUUGUAGCCGACAUAUUGUUGUAUGUGGUGAUACCAACGAGAAGGUCCACGGCGGAAGCUUUCCAAAUACUUUUUGCACAUGCUUUCGGAGACGCGGGAAGUCCUUACCUCAUUGGCUUGUUAUCGGAAGGCUUGAAAACGAUCCUCCGGCCGAAUGUGCACAAUAUAUCGAUGAACGGUCCAGUACAACCGAUACCAGUAUCAGUAUAUAAUAGUGAAGCUGACGAUACUCUUAUUGAGUUCCGCAGUUUACAGUACGCCAUGUUCCUUACGAUGUUCGUCGAGGUCAUCGGCAGCUUGUUCUUCUUCCUUACAGCGUUGCACAUACAAAAAGAUAAGGCAAUGGUCGACCUCGUCAUCGCAGGUACCAACACUACAGAAUCUAUGUACAUAGUUAACGAGGAAGUUGAAAGCGAGGUACACGACGAUGCGCACAAAUCCUAAGGAAAAUUAUACAGUGCGACAAUAAAGCGCGAGUGAAGCGCGAAUGCUGCAACGAAUUUAUUAAUUAAUUAGAAAGAACUAUCUAUUUGCUUUAAGAUCAGCAGCUGUGCCGUAAUGCGAGAGACAGAAAUGAUUUCGUUAACUGUCCUCAGAAAAGUAAUUCUGCUAAUAAUGUACAGAAGUAUUAAGCUUGACAAGGAUCUAUUAUUAUAUUUAAAUUUGUCUAAAUAUUUAACCUGGAUAUGUAUUAUAACUUCUAAUAUUAUAUUUUUGUAGAAUGUUUCCCUUUUCGGGAAGAGUUAAUUCUUAGGUAAUAUGUAACAUAAACGUUUACGCCAGGUUCCCUCCGUUCCAAAUGACAAACUUGAAAUUUUCCUGUUACUCACUUUGGUACUUAGGCAUAUUAACAUUUCUCUUUGUCUCUGUACUCAUUAUUAUAGUUCUACGCGGAUAACUAACGAAUGAAAUACUGUAACUUAAAUCGUUAGCUUAAGCAAUUAAUGUGAAAAGCAGCGUGUUCGAAGCAUUAAAUAAGAUAUUUUGUUAACAA